AUGGACCACUGUCCACUCCCUCCAGGGAAGGGGCAUAUCAAAGUCCGCAACUUCACAAUCACGCCCUAUACCACGGGUCCCACAAGCUUUUUGGGUUAUCCUGCGAGGCGAGGCUGGUCCUCCGACGACCUCAACUCCCGAGACUUGCACCAGAUCCGGCCUGUGGCAGAGGUGCGCGACUUCUUCCAGGGAUGGCUCUUCUUCGGCUCAGUGAUCGAGUUCCUCUCCAUUUGCGGCAUAUCUGCUCAACACGGCGACUUUCUCACUCCGGACGGUCAGUAUGUGACCACGAAGCGCCUCCCACAGAUGCUCCAGGAAUGGAAGCAGGUCGCACAAAAGAGACGGGCCGUUGAUAGCAUGAACAUACCUACAACCAUACAGGCCGCUUUGAUUCUCGGGACUGUGAGGGACUUUGUUGAUGACUAUUGUUUGCCCAGAGGUGGUGGACAAGGCUUACAAGCUGAUAUGCGUGCCCGGCUGGUCGCGAAGUCCCCCUUGCCCCAGAGAGUAUGGAUGUCCAUCAUCGCGCUCGGUCAUGCACUCACAUCGGCAAUGGUCAGUGGCUGCGAUAUUCGACGCACUGGCAGUCGCUGGGGUGGCUCCAUGGUACUCGAACAGCGAAUGUUGGCCAAAAGGUGGUGCCCACAGGAUGUGCAUCGAAUGCUUUCCGAUUAUGGUGGAACCGUCUAUGAGCAGUAUUACCUGUCCAAGAUGAUGAAUGCAGAGCUUAGCGGCAGCCAAGAUGAGAGAGACAGGGCCAUCUCCCACGAAAAAUGUACCUCGUUUGAAUGCCGUGGGCGCAACAUCGACCAGAAAACGUACCGUCAGUUUCACGCACCUAGUUGUGAUGGCGAAUGCGGUGGCUUCCGAAGUGCAGAUAUCGAAAAGCUGACGACGAUCAUCAAGGCUGGCGACAUUCCUGUGUUCAAAUGGAACCUCGAAAGGAAGAAGCUCGAACUCGAGGCUGCCAAAGUCAACGGAAAGAAAGUCGGAGAGCCCGCGUUCAUGGCCAUGUCCCACAUAUGGAGUGACGGCCUUGGAAACCAGGAUGACAAUGCAAUCUAUGUAUGUCAGCUAGAGGCCUUGCAAAACUCGGUCGAGGCGGCCGCCAAAAACCACAAGAUGCCGGUGGGAAAUCCGUCGCACUUCUGGAUCGACACCCUAUGCGUACCAGUGCAGAAGGAGAAUAAACAUCUGCGCAAGAAGUGCAUCCGGGACAUGUGGAGAAUCUACGAGAGCUCUUGCUCUGUGCUUGUUCUUUGUUCACUGCGCAAGACUGCGACGACCGUGAAAGGACCCGAACGACGAAUUGUGGAGCAUCUCAACAACUGGGAUCGCCGACUGUGGACAUACCAGGAAUGCAUCAUGGCGCGUAAGCGUCUGAUUCAAUACGCGGACAAAACAGUUGACCAUGUCAGCAUCGAGGCUGACUUCUACCGGGAUAAGCUGUGGGCGUCUGGCUCCGUGGCAGAUCCUCUCCCACUUCUGGCGUCUCAGAUAGCAGCACGAUCCACGUCAAAGAAGAGCGACGAGAUGCUUUGCCUGGCCACGAUAAUGCGCCUUGACAUAGAGCCAUUCCUCAACGCAGAGACGCUCUUGAAGAAGGAGAAGGGCUUAAGCGAAAACGAGGAGAUCAGUGACGUCGAACUCGCAGACAGACGAAUGGAAACCUUCUGGCAGACCAUCCGUGAAUGCCAAUGGGGGGUACUUUUCAACUCUCAUCGGCGUUUACCGACCGAAGGGCUCCGGUGGGCCCCAGCCACCUUCCUAGGCUGCCCGUCGGGUGGCUUUGUAAAGCAAGUGGACCAAGGAUAUUGCAGACUUGAUGGCGAGGGUCGCGGUCUGUCCUUUACGGCUCCGGCAAUCAUCAUUGAAACACCGUCGACAUGGAGCGCAAGAUCAUCGGCGCUGAUAAUCGAAGUGACGGAUCCUGCAGCUGGGAGGGUCUGUGUCGAAGUCACACCGAGAGAUCUGAGCUUCCCGUCAGAGACAUUUACUUGGAACCCCGGCACCAAAUAUGCCAUCCUGCUGGAGAAACCGCUUUCACUUCACGUCCCAGGUACAACUGGUGAUUCCAUGCCCGAGCUCCCCCGGACGGGACCGCAGCUCGAGUACUGGCUUGAGCGGACCUUCCAACCUGGGAGAGUGAACAAGUUAGCUAUAGAUGCGAUCGUCACGACGGUGAGAAAUCCCAAUCUUGGCGGCGGCUGUCAGAUUCGUCACGAAUGUAUUGCGGUCGCCAAAGUCAUCGAUUCCCCGAUCCUCGAUAAACUGGAGGAAGAGAAAUAUACGAUCUGGGACGAACCGUCCAGGCAACUUCUAGCCGCGUCCCUUCAAAUGGAACGGAUCCUUAGUAGUCCUGAUAAUAGUUUUGCCAACGACGAAGAGGACACUGAAGACGACAGCGACGACGAGGAUGAUGAUGACGAUGACGACGAUAACAGCGACACCGACGAUUACGACGAUGAUGACGACCAAUGGGAAGACGAUGACAGUGAUGACAAUGAUGACUCCGAUAGCGACGACGACGAUGAUGAUGCCUCCAACGAAGAGACUAAUUAUUACGACGACCUCGAAUCGGGCGCAGAUUCAGCGGACGAGCAGGAAGCCCUGUAUCUUCAACUCGACAAUGAUGCCGUUGAUUCUGGAUCCGAAUCCGCAGAUGAACAUCCCUAUAGAUUCUUCGGCGAGGAGCAAUCGCAACCAAUUCCGGCGGCUCGCAUUGAGGGGACACGGACCCGUGACGAUACUCAGUGGUUCCUUCUGUAG